AUGUCGUUAGUGCUGUUGUCCAAGUUCUGUGCCCAUGUGAAGAACUGUUUGAACGUUACUUUGAGCAAAACCUCGGUUCCAUAUAAUAGAAGUAACUUACAAGUAGCCAUGGCAUUAUAUCAACAGGGUUUUAUCAGUUCUAUACAAAGAGGAUCAACAGUAGGGCCUGAUUUGAAACCAACUGAAGUGACUCCAGAUAACAUAAACUCAAGAAGACUAUGGAUUGAUUUGAAAUAUAGAAAUAACCAAUCGGUAAUAAGACAAUUGGAAUUGAUCUCCAAACCUAGUAAAAAGAUUGAUUUAACAACUGAAGAAAUUAAAGCGUUGGCAUCUGGGUUGAAAGUUAGAAACAUUCCAGCUUUGCAACCGGCUGAAUGUAUUUUUAUUAAACAUGACAAAGAUAUAUUGGAAGUUCAAGAGGCAGCAAAAAAAGGUAUUUCGGGGCAAGCGUUAUUUAGAGUGAGAUGA